CUCAUUUUUGCUACUGACUAUAAGUGCCGUAUGGGUCGUCGGGAACAGACGGAUAUCCAUUCCCCCUUGGAGUAUUACCGUUGAGACACGCGACGUGCGGCCUAUAAGCCAAAGUUAUCAGAUAUGACCCCAUCUAAUCUGAUUUGGUAAUUUUUUCUCAAACAUACAAUUUUCUAACUGGGGUCUUCCUCCCUCUUUUCUCAUCUACAUAAUCCCCCUUUCCACACCUCCCCUCCCCCAGCACGCAAGGGAAAGUUAGGGCGUCGCGGACAAUGCAUCCCCUAGCUCUCAUUUCCUACUCCCUCUUCUUUACGUGCACAGCACGCGCUGCGGUCAUCGAAUAUUGGUGGAAUAUCUCGUACGUUAACGACGUCAACCCCUCGGGACUUCACAGUCGGCGUGUCAUAGGUGUGAAUGGGACCUGGCCCCUGCCCCCUAUCAGCGUCACACAAGGCGACACACUCCUCAUCCAUGCAUAUAAUGGUCUUGGUGAUGUUGGGACCGCCCUCCAUACACAUGGCAUCUAUUUCAACGGAAGUGGGUAUUACGAUGGUGCCGUGGGUGUCACCCAGUGUGCGAUCCCUCCCGGAGAAACCCUUACCUAUCACAUCCCCACUGAUCUGCAAUCAGGGACAUACUGGAUCCACGGACACUAUAGCGGGCAAUAUGUUGACGGCCUCAGAACGUCAUUCAUCAUUCAUCCUGCAAACGGCUCGUUGUAUCCAUAUGACGAAGACGUUACCAUCGUGCUCACUGAUUGGUACCAUGACGAACAUUCUACUCUGCUGCAGAAGUUCAUGGGCGAAUACAAUCCAAAGGGAGCCGAACCGGUUCCGAAUGCACCGCUUUUGUACAUUUUGCCAAAUAAUUCCUUCCCUGAUGAUUGUCCCAGCGGCUUGUGCAUUAGGAACGGAUCAUCGGUCGGGAACAACGCCAUUCUACGGCUUGAGAAGGGGAAGAAGUACAGACUAAGAUUCAUCAACAUGUCAGCUUUAGCUAUGUUCUACUUCGGUCUCGACGGACACACCAUUCAAGUAAUCGAGCUGGACGGGGUCGAGACUGAACCCUUCGAAGUUACUAUGGUCCCUAUAUCCGUCGCUCAACGGGUCUCCCUCCUUGUCACAGCACGAAAUGACACAAACGCGACAAUUGACUACGCCCUCAAGGCGAAUAUGAAUCCAGAUAUGUUCGACCACGUCCCUGAUGACCUUCAACUGAAUAUAACUGCUCGCAUCACGUACACGCCCGCAGGAGAAACUCCGUCAAACGCACUCGCCCCGGCGACCAUCUAUGACGCCUAUCCUGAUUUUGAGGAGACGGAUCUCGUCCCUGUUGAAGCCGAAGGUAUGACGCCAGCCUCAGUAAGCCACCGACUGGACGUAUCUUUCGACACCUACGAUGACGGUGUCAAUCAUGCCAGUUUCAAUAACGUAACUUACGUUGCUCCGAAAAUACCUUCUAUCCUCACGACGCUUACUAUGCCUGCCAACGAUUCCUGGAUAACAGCCGUCACCCGCUCAAAGAUACCUAAAGACCAAGACUACAUCAAGGAAUUUGGGGGUACUACUUAUGCUACGAUAUAUGGCGCUCAGACGCACGCGAUUCCACUUGACUGGAACGGAAUGAUCGAAUUGGUAGUGUAUAACUGGGAUGUAGGAUUACAUCCUUUCCAUCUUCAUGGGCAUAAGUUCCAGGUUGUGCAGAAGAAUUAUGAUGCAACCCAGGGAAUACCGAUCAAUGAGACUCAGGUCAACCCCAUUCGUCGCGACACCGUCAUGGUCCCUCCGGGAGGGUCCGCUACUCUUCGAUUCAGAGCAGACAAUCCCGGUGUCUGGUUCUUCCACUGUCAUAUCGAAUGGCACCUCGAGUCUGGUUUGGCAGUAGUCUUUAUCGAGGCGCCUGCCCAGGCCCAGGGCAAGCUCCAAAUGCCACAACAGCUGCUCGAUCAUUGCACCAAACAGAACAUUCCCAUUUCAGGAAACGUCGUCGGCAAAAAUUCGACGACUGAUUUCCGCGGACAACCAUACGGACCGUUCCCACAAGCGCACAUCCUCGGAUGGACGGCUAAGGCGAAGGGUGCGCUCGCUGGCGCAGUCCUGAGCGCUCUGGCUGGAAUGUUUACAAUCGUGUGGUACUCCACUGGAGCUCUCGAUGAACACGAGAUAGAGGAAGUUCAGAGGAAGAAGUUUGCGCAGAAGCUCGCGAGAAAGAGAAAGGAUUUGUCGGUGGACUCAGGAGCCGAUUCAGGAACGAGUCAAGCAGCUAGGAAUCUCAAGACGCCGAGUAUGAGGUGGAUUAGCUAUGGUACGAUCUCACGCCAUCUUGGCUUCCAAAUUUAGAAAUAUCUUGUGCGCACGGCCGCUUAUCAUGCUUCACAAACCUCCAAUUGAGCUGUCACAACUGCAUCUAAACGG